AGAGAGAGAGAGAGAGAGAGAGAGAGAGAGAUUCAUAAAAAAUUCUUACCCAAAGGGCUUAAAAAAAAGCCUAGAAUUUCCACAAAUAAAGCGAGGAUUGGUUUGAGUUCAAGGUUGGUCCUGCGUUGAUGCCGCCUAAGUCUCGGCAAUGUCGCUGGCCGAAAUCCGAGAUUGAAACUGCAGGCGUAAGCCACGCGCUCUCCUUUUCCCUUGGUUUCUCCUUCAUUCGUUCCGUAUCGGUCGCACCCAAACCCUCGUCUUCGACCCGAAAUUCCAAAUUCAAUCUCACAAGUCGAAUUCCGGAUGGUAUGGUCUCCGCAAGAAAUUGAAUUGCCCUUACAAUCUGUGACAGCUGGGUCGAGCUCCUAGAACAGAGAAACGCUGAGCAUACAGAGCAAGGAUCAGUGGUCACUGCCCAUUGUUGUUGCAGCCUCAGUUUGACAGUCAGUUAGACUGUUUAGGGUAGUAGAAAGAAGAAAGGUCAGCUAAUAGAAGCAUGGAGAUUUAAUUUGUUGACAUGUGGAGAAGUUCGUACGGUAUUGGACCUUGGAUUGAAUUCGAGAGUUGGAGAGGAACGAGGGUUUGAAGACUCGAAACCACUGUUCUCAUGCAGCUAAACAGUGAAGCACAUGGUCCUUCUGGUUGGUGGAUCCAUCAAGAACCAAAUUCAGUCGUUUCAAAAGAUGAUGUAUUGGAAGGAAAGAUAAUAAGUAAUAACAUAUCAUUCCAGACAGGUGAGGAAUUUUCUAGGCAGUUUCUUCAGGAUCGCCUUACUCCAAGAAAAAUUCCUGCUGUGACUGUCACUCCUCAAAACCAUGAGCAGAGAAAUGGAUUUAAUAAAAAUCAGGAAAGAGGGAUGGUAUAUGAGGAAAUAACCAGAAUUCUGGGUUUGAAGAGGAUGGAUUCUGAAUGUGGUUCUGAUAUAACAGAAUUCGCUUCUGCAAAAGGGUCUACUUCAGAGGUCGAUUCUGCAGCUUGUACUAAUCAAGCAUAUGGGUACCCCAAGGAAACCGGUGAUUGUGGGCAUGGGUCAAGAAGAGCAUCUGGAGAAGUGAACUAUGAUUCAGCUACAAGACCCAGUGCUCCACCUGUAAAUGAAGUUGAAUCCUGUCAAUUCUCCCAACCUUAUGGAUUGAGAGUUUCAGAUGGUUCUUCAUCUGGCAAGAUAAAGCUCCUCUGCAGCUUUGGUGGAAAAAUCUUGCCACGACCAAGUGAUGGGAAACUCAGAUAUGUGGGGGGAGACACUCGUAUUAUUUCUAUCUGGAAAAAUCUUUCAUGGGAGGAACUUGUUAAGAAAACUUUGGGAAUUUGCAAACAACCUCACACAAUAAAAUACCAGCUCCCUGAUGAAGAUCUUGAUGCCCUUAUAUCUGUGUCCUGUGAUGAGGAUCUUCAAAAUAUGAUAGAGGAGUACCAGAGCCUUGAAAAUCUGGCAGGUUCUCAACGAGUCAGGAUAUUUUUGGUUCCUUCAAGUGAAUUUGAAAAUACAUGUACUCUUGAUGCCGGCUCAAUUCAGCAGAGCAACGCAGAUUACCAAUAUGUUGUUGCUGUGAAUGGAAUAGUCGAUCCCAGUCUGGAGAGAAAUAUGGAGCAGAUUUUGGCAAGUGAUAUAGCCAACUUGAAAACUAAUUUGGAAACCAAGGGUGACCUUGUUGACUUGCAUCCUAGUCAGAAUGUAAACGGAUCCCAAGAUCUGGUCGAAUCUCACAUUGAACCUUCAAUUUUCUCUCCAGUGCCAGUUCAGCAGGGAGAUUCAGAAAAUGAUUGUCCACAAUUUCAUCAAGAUAAUUUAUUCAGUGGCAAUACUGAAAGUAACAGCUCAUUCAGCACUGCUCAAUUACUGCCUGAAAACACUAGCAGAGAUGCUAGUGCUUAUUAUCACCCCUCUAAUGGAGAAAUAACUUCAAAAAACUAUCAUCUUCCUAAUAAAGUUGAUAAUAUCAGAAAGCCAAGUAAACCAGAAGAAGUGCAGUUUCAGAAUCAUGUUCCCAGCAAAGAAUUUGUUUUUCCUCCUAGCUUUGAUCAAGAUGAUAGCAAUGUUAAUAUAAACACUCAAGGGAGGCCGAUGCUUAAGGAAAGAUCAUUUUAUUCUGAAAAACCUAUCACAGACUUGGAAGAUCCAUUCGGUCUUUUGCCAGGAACUGAUGAUUUCACUGGGUCUCAUAAUAGGAUACCACAUGCGUUUUCUGAUUCAAAGCUGCAGGAACAUGGAAGGAGGUCUGAUUACUGUUUGCAAGAAGGAAUGAGCCCAUCUUCCACCUUGAGCUUCUCAAAACCACAAUUACCUUUCCAGGCGGGGUCAGUUGGUUUGGAAGAAAAGCCGUUGGAAAUGUCUGAGAGCACUGGUUUUGGUAAUCCUCAAGCCCAAAUUAAGUUACAGAAUGUAGAGGCUACAGUCCCACAUAGAAGAGCAGAUUUCCUUAACUCCUCUUUGGGGCAAGAAUCAUUUACCAUGAACCAAUAUAGCGGAGACAAUGCUGCUGGCAUUGAUGAUAAGCAUCAAUCAAGCCUAGAUGCAAAUAGAGACAAUUUCAUGUUAGAAAAUCUUGCUGUGGAAAAUCCUCGAAAUUGUGAUAUUUUGACUGGAUUAGAUGAAAAGGGCUCUGGUAUACAUCAGGAUGGGAAGCUUCCUAAGAUCUGGCCCGCUUCUUCUUCCAUGGAAUAUUUAAAUAAAUCUUCAAACAUCUGUUUUGACCCUGCAACUAUACUUGGUAUUAGUACUCUGUCACAAGAGUUUGAAGUGUUUGGGGACAAUGACCUUGCAUCGUCAGGGAAUUUGAAUCCUUUUGUGGAUGAAGUGAUGGAACCAUCUGAAAAUCAGCACAUGGGCAAGAGCCAAAGAACACUCAAAGAUCAGCCUGAUGUCUUGGGUAUGGUAAUGGGAGAUGAUCAUAAAGAUGAUAUAUCAUGGUCCAACAUUUUGAAAGUUGCAGACAUGUUUCCAGGUUCCAGACAACAACCCUGUAAUGAAAGUUCAUUGACUGAUCUAUUGUGUGGUUUAACAGAUGGCCUAGCUUUCCAUGAGUCCCCUCUGCUAGUUUCUGGUGCAUGCCAGAAUAAUACAAUUCUCCAAGAACCCAUCCAAGAGAGCUCUGUUGAUCUGUGCCCAUCUGCAGUUUCUGGUAAUGCUGCUCUUGACAACCUACAUAAUAUAGCUGCAGUGAAGAAUCCAAACCAGAAAUCUGGCUUUAAGAGAGAGGUAUCCCUAAUAGAUGAGGAUUUUGUAAGUUUCCCUGGUCAGAUAGUUGAAAAUUCAGGCAUUCUGGGAUGCUGUAGUGAAAUGCAGAUGGUUGAGGAUUUCUCCCUAAAUAAUAUGAAUGAUAAAAAUCACCUGGAUUCCAUGGUUACUUCACAGCAGGCGGCUGGUAGCUUUCCUGGCAUGGAACCUUCCUCCCCAAAUGGCCCUCAGUUUGUGGAUGCAACUGAUGGUGAAGCUAUAUCUCCCGAUGCAACAGAGCCUGGGAGAGUACUUCCCGAGUCUGAUUUUGAGAAUUUCAAAGCUGGUGGUGGAGAUAAGAGUGAAUUGAUUACUGAUGCGAUGAUAGCUGAAGUGGAAGCUGGUAUUUACGGCUUGCAGAUCAUAAAAAAUGACGAUCUUGAAGAAUUGUGGGAGUUAGGAUCGGGUACAUAUGGAACUGUUUAUCAUGGGAAAUGGCGGGGAACAGAUGUUGCUAUCAAGAGAAUUAAAAACAGCUGCUUUGCCGGGAGAUCAUCAGAGCAAGAAAGAUUGACAAAAGACUUCUGGAGAGAGGCACAUAUCCUUUCUACUCUUCAUCACCCAAACGUGGUUGCCUUCUAUGGGGUGGUACCAGAUGGAGCUGGGGGAACCUUGGCCACUGUAACUGAAUUUAUGGCAAAUGGCUCACUUAGGAAUGUCCUACUUAAGAAGGAUAGGUCACUUGAUCGCCGUAGAAAGCUUAUAAUUGCGAUGGAUGCUGCUUUUGGAAUGGAAUACUUGCAUUCUAAGAAUAUUGUCCAUUUUGAUCUAAAGUGUGACAAUCUUCUGGUUAAUUUGAGGGAUCCACAACGUCCAAUAUGCAAGGUUGGAGAUUUUGGAUUGUCCAGAAUCAAACGCAAUACUCUAGUUUCUGGUGGGGUGAGAGGAACCCUGCCCUGGAUGGCACCUGAAUUGCUAAAUGGCAGCAGCAGCCGGGUUUCUGAGAAGGUUGAUGUUUUUUCAUUCGGCAUUACAAUGUGGGAGAUCCUAACAGCAGAGGAACCCUACGCAAAUAUGCAUUGUGGUGCAAUCAUAGGGGGAAUAUUGAAGGAUACUCUCAGGCCACCUAUUCCAGAGCAGUGUGAUCCUGACUGGAAGAACCUGAUGGAACAGUGCUGGGCAACCAACCCUGAAGAUCGGCCAUCAUUUACCGAGGUUACAGUUAGGUUGCGAUCUAUGUAUGCUUCAGUCGAUGCCAAAGGACAAAAUCAUGUGCCAAAACAAACGAGGGCUGGCAUCACCAUGUAAGACCACCCCAGACCACAUAUGCUUUCAUGGUAUUACAUCAGAAACCCAAACUCUCUGGUGUUUUGAUGGAAACCAUUGGGUAGGACGUUGAUCAGUUGAUGGCCUUUGAGGCUGUAACCUGAGCCUGUGGAUAGAAUGAGUUGCGGCAGUUGUGUUGAUUCGUUGUGUUGAAUGCAUAACAUCUCUUUGUUUUGUCUCACUUUCUGUAAUUAGUCUCUGCUUUUGAUUUGUUCAUUCUUUUGGACAUAGGAGAGGACUUGACUUUUUGUUUUAAAGAUUAGACUUGAGGUUGUUUAUAUCUAUAACUUCUAUAAUUACAGGAGCUUUGUGCACUCA